AGCUCGUAGGCGAGAGUUCAAGCUUGCUUGCUGCCUGCUGUGCGGUUUCGUUUUGUGCUUUUUCAAUAGAAACGGCGCAGCAGAAGCGCGAAGAAAAUGACAGAUUGAUACAGGUGAUGACUUGGAUUCAUACCGUGACGUGCCAGUAGGAAACGCGGUAACGUUACCUGUGACACGUUUGUACCGGAUAGCUAGUAGCACUGCAGUUCGUUCUCGUGCUCCACACCAGUCAGUCAGUCACUCAGUCAGACUGUGCACGCGGAGUGAGUGACGCGCAGUCCUGCACCUUACCUUUUCACUGCUUUUGUGUUCUCUUAAGUGUGUGUAAGCAAGCGUUAAACCGUUUAAUAAACGUUACAUGAUAAGCCUGGUGGUGCCCCGUCAGUCACGGCGUUGGGUGUCUGGGUGAACUGAAGGUACAAAUGACAGCACUGUCCUCGAAGUGAUGUCACCUCAGAGUUGACCGCGCAGUGGGGGUCCCGGUGACGUCACGGGCCGCGCGGUCUCGCGCCGUGGCGCGUGCGACAGCGCCGCGUGUUUUCCGCAGACCGCCUUCUCCGCCACGGCACCGGCGGGGACGACGAUGAUGGGCCUCGCGUGCCUGCUGCGCCCAUCCGGCGCGCCGCCCUCGCUUCGGACCGCGAGCUCCAGGAGCUGGACCGCGAACCGCCUUCGGACCGCCCGUCCCCGCGGGAGCUGCUGCCCGGAGGCGGCCUUCCACCACCGGCGCGCCGAGGAGCUGACGGAGCACGAGAGGAGGGUCCUGGCGCGGCUCUACCGGGGUCUCGUCGGGGGUCGGAGGGCCUGUCUGGCCGAGUCCAUCACUUUGGUGGAGACGCAGCACCCCCGUAAGAAGGAGUUGGCCCAGGUGCUGCUCCAGCAAGUGCUCUCCUACGGGAAGCAGCGGGAGGAGCUCAAUGGCGGAAAACCGCUGGCCUUCCGAAUAGGUCUGUCAGGUCCGCCGGGUGCUGGAAAGUCGUCCUUCAUCGAGGUUUUUGGGAAGAUGCUGACAGGAAGUGGCCACAAAGUGUCUGUGCUGGCAGUGGAUCCCUCGUCCUGCACUACUGGCGGCUCCCUGAUGGGUGACAAAACGCGCAUGACAGAGCUCUCGAGGGACAUGAAUGCCUUCAUUCGGCCAUCCCCGACUUCGGGCACGCUGGGUGGGGUUACCAGGACCACCAACGAGGCCAUAGUGCUGUGCGAAGGGGCCGGCUAUGACACCGUUUUAGUCGAAACCGUAGGUGUGGGCCAGUCGGAGUUCGCCGUGGCUGACAUGGUGGACAUGUUUGUGUUGCUCAUUCCGCCAGCAGGGGGCGACGAGCUACAGGGAAUAAAGAGGGGUAUCAUUGAAAGGGCGGACAUGGUGGUGGUGACCAAGGCAGACGGAGAGCUGCUGGUUCCGGCGCGCAGGAUGCAGACAGAGUACACCAGCGCUUUGAAGCUGCUCCGGCGAAGGUCCAAGACGUGGAACCCAAAGGUGAUGCGGGUAUCGUCGCGGACGGGAGAAGGCGUGGCGGAGCUCUGGGCGGCGAUGCAGGUGUUCCGCGACGCGGCUCUGCGCAGCGGGGACCUGCAGGCGAAGCGGAGGGCGCAGCGCACCGCCUGGAUGUGGAACGCGAUCCGGGAAAUGGCCCUGCACCACUUCCAGGAGCACCCCGCCGUGGGGGAGGCGCUACCCGGCCUGGAGUGCCGUGUGGCAGCCGGGGACCUCUCCCCCGGCCUGGCGGCCGACCUGCUGCUCAAGGCUUUCUGUGCGGCUAAGUGACUGUGACGCACCCGCCCCCCACCAAAUGGAUGCUGGACCAGGAAAGGGCGCAGACCCAGAGGCUGCAGCACAUGCGUCCCACUCGGCGUCGGCGCUCAGGGCUGCUCUUCUCCCGCUGAGCUCUGACCCUCCAACCCGUUUGGUUUGACCGAGCUGAUCUUUCAGUCACACGCUUCGCAUUGUGCAUUUGACUCAAAAGUUGCUUUUUGUCAUGUUAAUUCUCUUUAUGUUGUUGCAAGGCGGCUGUCGGGCUGCGUCACACAGUCUCUUCUUUUGGGAAUCUUGAGUGGGGGGGAAAAAAAACGCAGAAAAUUAGUUUUGAAGUUCACACUAAUCAAUUAUUUAAGCUCUAGCUGACUUAAUUGUUGAAGGGAUAAAAAUGACUAAGUAAUCACUGAUUAAUUGAAAUAAUGAACACUUAUUCAUGUAGGCUAAAAAAAAAAUAUUAACACAGAGGUGCUUAGCGCAGUCAGUUUGACACAGUUAAAAAUUACAGCAUUUCCUCACCUAAUUUAAUGUGAUUUUGGGUUUUGUGAUUAAUUAAACAGUUCACUCGCAGCAAAUAGGUUAAUUAAGAGCUCGGCUGGGGGGAAAAAAAAGGCAGCGGAGCGGCAUCCCCCGUAGCCAACUGUUUUCUAACAAAUAAAUCUGUGGUCCCUUUGAUGGACGGUGGUCCCACAUCUCCAAGUGAUUCAUCAUUACCUGAAACCUUCAGCCGAGUCAAGGAAAAGGCCUUGGAACAAGGUCCACGCGUAACAGCUUCUGCAUUCCAGCCAAGGCCCCCCGGGGCCCCCGCCGAGACACCACGGUGGCGCGGGCUGGAGGUGUGGGAACGUUGCGGCCGAGGAACUUGGACCGCCGCCAUGCUGCUGAUCUCAGAGACGUGUGGAUCUGGAACACAUUUCCAACAGCGUCUGGAUUGAGAAAUACA